GGGGCACGGCGUUCCUCUCCCCACGUCAAUGAUGAUCCUAUCGCCACCCAAUCUGAAUCUCUUUCUCCAUGACACUCUCCAUUCCUCUUGCCGCCAAGCUCAGAGCCAACGCGAGGGCUGCUGGAGCGUGGCUCACCCUGCCCAGCUCCGCAAUUGCUCGCACCAUCGCGCAGACUGAGGGAAUCUCCUGGGUCCUGAUAGACGCGGAGCACGGUCUGAUCACCGACUCCAACUAUUAUGACCUCGCGAAUACAGUGGCUUCCUCCGGGGCGUCGCCUCUGAUACGGGUGCCCGCAGACGAACCCUGGAUGAUCAAGCGCGCGCUGGACGCAGGUGCCCAUGGGAUCAUGAUUCCCAUGGCCAACACCCCGGAGAUCGUCCGCCGCGUCGUGUCCGCGACCAAGUAUCCGCCGGUGGGGAUCCGGGGCUUUGGCCCAAUGUUCACACACGCCGCCGGAGCGCUCGGCGGACCGUACAAAGCAGCCGCCAACGAGGCGAUGCUGAUCGCCGUGCAGAUCGAGCACCCAGAUGCGAUUGAGCAGAUAGACGCGAUCUGCGCCGAGGGGAUUGACAUUGCAUUUAUCGGCCCCUUUGAUCUCGCGACGUCCAUGAACGUCGAGUUUGGAGGCGAGGAACACGAAGCGGCGAUGGCCAAAGUCGUGACUGCCUGCAAGAAGGCGGGCAAAGUGGCUGCCAUAUUCUGCUUGAACGGAGACCAAGCGGAGAAGCGCUUCGAGCAAGGGUUCCAGAUGGUCAGCGUCACAACUGAUAUCGACACGCUCGUGGCGGGCUUCGCUACCGAGCUGGCAAAGGUGAACGGAAACGCGAAGUCCGCUGCAGCCGGUGGAUAUGGAUACUGAAAGUAUUAGACGUUGAAGAAGAAUGUAUGUAACUUGUAACCGUGACGGCAGAUGACCGGUCUGCCUUCGAACGCAAUGUCACCAGGCCGUCUGGCUGACCUGUGCCGGGCCGUGCACGACUUCUACGAACUUCAAAAAGUGCUUCGGCUGCCCGCGAUGCUAUCAUAAGCCGAUGAUCCUCCUUCAAGUUGUUGCCACUGCUUUCUUUUCGCUAGCCAUCAGCGCUGCAGCUGAGAUCGACCGCCAUGGCCUGGUGACGCGAUACAACCCGCGGCGGAACGCGUCCAGCUCGAGCACGCCCAUGCAGGUCGGGAACGGCAAUUUCGCGUUCGGCGCGGACGUGACAGGCCUGCAAACGCUGCAGCCGUGGGCGAUCAUGUCGAGCUGGGGCUGGAAGAACGACACACUGCCGGCGAACAAGACCGUCGAGGACGUCGCGGACUACAGCGGCGUCAGCUUGGACAACCACGGCCGGCUUGUCGAGUAUAUGUUCAACGGCCCCGCCCCGCUGCAGCAGUGGAUGAUCGCGAACCCCAACCGCGUCAAUCUCGGCAACAUCGGGCUCGUGUUCUUUGGGUCCGACGGAGCGAGACUGAAUGUCACUGAGGCUGACUUGAGCGGUGUAGACCAGGUCUUGGAUAUCUGGACCGGCACUCUUACGAGCCGUAUCACUUUCAAUGGGUCCGAUGUUACUGUUACGACCGUCUGUGGGCAAGAGGAUGAUACUAUCGGAGUUAAAGUACUGUCUCCUCUGCUAGAUUCCGGUCUUUUGGGAGUAUUCAUGGAUUUCCCUUGGAACGACGGAUCAGCGAAGUUCUCCGCUCCAUUCGUGGGGUCAUGGACCAAUGCGAAUUUACAUACCACUCAGCUACUCGUACAUGGCUCGACCUCGGCGUCGAUAUCACACACGAUUGGAAACUCGACCUUCUCAACCUCAAUAGGGGCCGGGAAUGCCAUCAAUAUUACUCGCGACUCGCCGAAUGCUCACCGAUACACCCUUCGUCCGGUCGCAAGAGGGAAAGAAUUCACUUUAUCUACGACAUGGGGCACGUCUACGCCGCAGAAGACUCCAGCGCCGUUCGAAUCUAUUCGACAGUCCUCGAAUCGCGCCUGGCAGGAUUUUUGGUUGAACUCCGGAUUUGUGGAUGUCUUGACAGGCUCGAGCGAUGCGAGAGCCGACGAGCUGCAGAGGAGGAUAAUCUUGUCGAGGUAUUUGAUGAGAGUCAAUGAAGCGGGGGACUUUCCGCCGCAGGAGGUGCGUUGCCGAUUUUCUGAAUGAGACGAAGAGACCAAGGCGUACAGUCUGGGCUUGUGAACAAUGGUUGGUACGGGAAAUUCCACCUCGAAAUGUAUUUCUGGCAUUGUCAACAUUGGGCGUUGUGGAACAACUGGGACUUGCUUCUUCGCUCGAGCUCGAUUUACGAACGCUUUCUCCCAACCGCGAUCGCGAGGGCUCAAGUUCAGCAGGGCUGGCCGACCGGGGCGCGGUGGGGGAAGAUGAGCGAUCCACCAGGCCGUUCUGCGCCUGGGCAGAUCAACGAGCUGCUCAUCUGGCAGCAGCCCCACCCGCUGAUCUUCGCUAACUACGAAUACCGCGCGUUCCCCAGCGCAGCCACACUGGCAAAAUGGGAGCCCGUCGUCCGCGCCACCGCCGACUGGAUGGCCGCAUUCGCAUGGUUCAACCAGUCGACGGGGGUCUACGACCUCGGUCCGCCGAUGUACCAGGUCGCCGAGGACAACAUCUACAACAACACGUACAACCCCUCCUUCGAGCUGGCCUACUGGCGCCUGGGCUUGGGCUUCGCCGAAGAAUGGAUGCAGCGCUUGAACCAACCGGUACCGAGCCACUGGACUACCGUUAAAAACGGGCUGGCUGGGCUGCCGGUGGGGAGUAAUGGCCUGUACAAGGUCUUCGAGGACGUGGAAGAUGGAUUCUGGACAGAUCCCAAAUACACUAAGGACCAUCCCGCGCUGGUGGGGCUGCACGGAUGGCUCCCGCUGACGGCUGGCGUGGAUGCCAAUAUCUCCAAGCUGACGACACAGAAGGUCUGGACGACCUGGAAUGUGUCCAACCUCUGGGGCUGGGAUUUCCCGAUGCUCGCCAUGUCGGCUGCGCGCAUCGGAGAGCAGGAGCAAGCGGUCGACUGGCUGCUUCAUCCUGAUUUCCAGUUCGACGAUGUUGGGAUGCCGGUGGGAGGAGUCCGGGUUCCGACCCCGUAUUUUCCGGGGGCAGGUUCUCUUCUCUAUGCGACUGCCAUGAUGGCCGGAGGUUGGGAUGGAAGCAAUGGAACUGCGCCCGGGUUUCCUGGAGCUGGAUGGAAUGUCCGGGCCGAAGGUCUGAGUAGGGCCAUCUAAGAGACACAAAGUUAACCUUGUGCUGCAUACAAGUUGAUCUGUUCCUCCUUCGAUAGACCCAUUCGGCCUCUCCAGAACUGUGGCAAAAGCGGAGGCUGUGUA